AUGGCAACAAAGUCAAGCAUCGAAAUCACCAAGGGAGGUUCCCUCGUGGAAGCUGUGCCUGGACACCUCCGCAACUUUGACUCGGACUCGCAGGACGAGACCACCUCGCUCGGUCCUUUUCCAACAGAGGAAGAAUGGGACAACCUGCCUCGUGUUCCUGGCAGCAUUCCAUGGACAGCAUGGACCGUAGGCUUUGUCGAGUUUGUCGAGCGCUUCUCCUACUACGGGACCAGCGCAGUGUUCGUCAACUUUAUUCAGAAACCGCUGCCCAAGGGAUCCACGACGGGCUCUGGAUUUCUCAAGCAUCCCUCCGGGGCCCUCGGCAUGGGCCAGCGCGCGUCCACCGGCAUGACGACCUUUAACCAGUUCUGGUCGUACUGCACGCCGCUCUUUGGCGCGUAUCUCGCGGACCAGUACUGGGGUCGGUACUUGACGAUCCAGUACUCCAACAUUGCCGCGCUGGUAGGCCACAUCAUCCUCAUCAUGUCGGCGAUUCCUCCCGUCAUUGUGCAUCCCAAUGUGUCCAUUGCCAUCUUCUCCGUCGGCAUCGUCAUCAUGGGUAUCGGCACCGGCGGCUUCAAGUCCAACAUUUCGCCACUCAUUGCCGAGCAGUAUCGCGAGGGCAAGCCCUAUGUGCGCACCAACAAGAAAGGACAGAGGGAGAUUGUCGAUCCCGCAGCGACGACUGCACGCAUCUACAUUUACUUCUACCUGCUGAUCAACAUGGGCUCGCUCACCGGUUCCAUCACCAUGGUGUACUCGGAGCAUUUUGUCGGGUUCUGGCUCUCCUUCACGCUUCCCACCGUCUGCUACCUCCUCUGUCCCGCCAUUCUCCUCUACUUCAAACGGUCGUACAAGCUGUCGCCGCCGACGGGCUCCGCGAUGGGCAAGGCUACCCAGCGAGCUGCGCGCGCGGGGGACCCGGUCCCGGCAUGGAUGACAUUCGACGACGAAUGGGUCGAUGAAGUGAAGCGCGGUGUUCUCGCGUGCAAAGUAUUCCUGUGGUAUCCUCUCUACUGGCUGGCCUACAACCAAAUGACGAACAAUCUGGUCUCGCAGGCGAGCACCAUGGUGCUCGGAUCAACACCGAAUGACAUUGUGGCUAAGCUGAAUCCCAUCUUCAUCAUCAUUGUCAUUCCCAUCAUGGACUUUAUCGUUUACCCGGGGCUGCGCAAGUGCGGCGUCCGUCUCUCGCCUAUCCGCAAGAUCACCGCCGGCUUCGUGCUCAGCUCCAUGGCCAUGGUGUCGGCCUGCGUCACUCAGUCUUAUAUUUACAAACUAUCCAAGUGCGGAAACAGCAUCAACGCUCAAAUGAAGGCCGGUCGCAAGGACUGUACAGCUCCGAUCUCAGUAUGGAUCCAGAUAUUUCCGUAUGGUCUCAUUGGCGCGUCCGAAGUUCUCGCUUCCAUCACGAAACUCGAGUAUGCUUACACAAAGGCUCCCCAGAAUAUGAAGUCGACGGUGCAGGCCAUAGCCCUUUUCACGUCUGCCAUAUCCGCUGCUCUCGGCCAGGGUCUUGUCGGCCUGUCUGAGGACCCUCUCCUAGUCUGGAACUACGGUUCGGUAGCCGUCAUUGCUAUGGUUGGUGCUAUCUGUUUCUACAUGACGUUUAGGAAAGCCGACAGAGAUGAAGAUGCCAUGAACAACCAAAAGGAGAGCUCUUACAUUGGAAACGGCGGGGCAAGCGAAGCUGUAGACACCACGACGUCGGUGGCAGAGAAGGAGCGGAUGGCAUAG